CCAGAAUAAUCAUAUUAUCAUUAUUAUUACUGACCUGUGCAGAUGACAUGAGUAAUGAAGAUGUGAGCUGUCCUGACAUGCUGUUGCUUCCACACGCUGGCAGGAUGGACGUAUUUGCUCAUAAACAGAGACCCAUUACUCGCUCCUGCAGUUUUGGAGAUACAGAGAAACAUCAAAAAGAGGAGAAGACAACACGACAGCGACGAAUCACCAUUGCAUCGUAUUUGUCUGCGUGUGAGGAUCAGAAUGGAAACGUCCCUGAGAAGGACACAGGAACAAGUGGCCAAAUCUCUCAGGGAUCUGAACACACAUGAAGUGUGCCAGUGGUUUACCAGCAUUGGGCUGCACAAAUGUCUCCCCUUCAUCAGAGAUGCUAACCUGUGUGGAGCAGACAUAGCCGCUGUGGAUGUGAACACUCUGGACAUCCUCCGUAUUGUGACAGUGGCAGACAGGGAACACCUGCUGUCUGCCAUUUAUAAUGAACUGCACCCACCCAACACCACCACCCAGCGACUUCACACCCUGCUCGAAACCUCAGGGCAGAAUAAAGUUGACACACUGACUUCUACAUUCAUGUCGAUGAGUAAGUCUAAGUCUUCUUCUCACGUGAGCUGCCUCAGCAUGAAUCAGCGAUCACUCAAGCUCAGACAGAAUGGUCAAAAUUACACACAGCAAAGGAGUUCGCCACUGAUGGAGAUCAUCAUUACAGCAUCCCAACAGACUGUUCAUCUCAGAACACCAAAAGAAACAACCCUCAGGAAGAUCAUGGACACGUGCAUCAGAAUGUUGGGAAUGAUGGAGGAGAAGGAUCUCUUCAAGCAAGGGUCGGUAGAGGUGCUGUCGCUGGACCAGCAGGUUGGGAGUCUGCUUACAUCAUCAAUAGAUAACACACAACUGGAGCUCCAACUGUGUAGAAUGGUAGGAUUUUGA